AUGUCUCCAUCACGGACGCUGAAAAAGACAGACUUCGAGCCCAAAACGCCACCCACGGAUCCGAGAGCUGCGCGUUUCGUGCCGAAGUUCAUAUAUUGCGAUCCAAAGGAUCCUCAUCCGGUUGAUAUCAAGGAAGAACUCUAUGGAUCGAGACGAAAGCUAAGGAUUGGGGUUCUGGGGGCUGGGAUAACUGCGCUUGAUUUCUUGCAUCAUCUGUUCGAGUUGGUGCCCGAGGAGAGUGUGGAGAUUGUGGUUUAUGAUAAGAAUGAGGAUGUUGGUGGUGUUUGGCAAUCGACUGUAUAUCCAGGUUGCCGGUGCGAUAGCCCGAGUGCAAACUAUCAAUUCCCCUGGAGGACGAAGAUCUGGUCCCAGUUCCAUGCUCCGCAGCCUGAGAUUCGGGACUAUCUUCAGGAGGUCGCGAGAGAGAACGGCUGGUACAAGUACAUGAAUUUCCGACACGAGGUUUUGGGAGCAUCUUGGAAAGAUGACGAGGCGAAGUGGACGCUCCAGAUUCGUGAUCUAUCGAAGACGGGAAGUCAAGACCUCGAAGAGAAGUUCGACGUCUUUGUGGAGAUGAACGGCACGGUAAGCACUCCAAGGAUUACAGUGCCAGGAAUCAAUGAAUUCGAAGGAACGGUCACUCAUCCAGGAGAUUGGCCCAAGGACUUGGACCUCUCCAACAAACGGGUCGCUUUGCUAGGAUAUGGAUGCACAGGAGUGCAGCUGGCCCCAAACAUCUUACCAAAUGUGUCGAAGUUGUACACAUGGUUCCGAAACAGAGCAUACAUGACUCCAUCACCAUACCCGGACUUGCUGUACGACAGACAGGGGACGAACUUCUACUACAACGACGAGCAGAAAGAGCUACUGCAGGACCCGGAUGUGUACCUCACCUACCGCAAAACACUCGACGAUCCUUCAAAUCGACGGUUCGAUAUGAUGGUGAACGGUAGUCAGAACUCGGUGAACGUAACAGCUGGACUCAAAGGUUUCAUGCAGGCGAAACUGCAGUCGAAGCCGGAGCUUUAUGAUGCUAUUGUGCCAGUGGACUACGAUUUUGCGUGCCGAAGGCCGACGAUGGUAGCAGGCUACCUGGAAGCGCUUGUUGAUCCAAAGACGACAGUAUACAAGGGCGAGCCGACACAGUUUACAAAGAAGGGAUUCAUCGACCCAGAAGGCAGCGAAGUGGAAGUCGACAUCAUCAUCGCAGCAACCGGCUACGACCAAGACCACAUGCCACGCUACCCCAAAACCGUCAACGGCGAAGACAUCGCAAAACGCUGGGCAGCUCGACCGAACGGCCACACGUAUAUGGCCAUCUGCUCCGAGAACAUGCCCAACUACUUCAACCCGGGAACAGCCUACUCCGCCCUCUACCGCAACUGGUUCCAGCCCUCCGAAGCCCUCUCCAAAUAUAUGGCCCGAAUUAUUAACAAAAUCCAACUCGAACGAAUCCUUACCUUCACCCCGAAACCCCGCGCCGUAGACCACUUCGUCAAACACGCCGACGCCUUCAUGCAACGCCUCGUGCAAGCCGGCCCCUGCAGCGCAUGGUACAAAGAUAACGUCGGCCGUCCGACGCUCUGGCCCGGCUCACACAGCCAUUACAUGCAAACCCUUCAGAACCCGCGAUUCGAGGAUUUCGAUUUUGUUUAUGAGGAUGAGGAGGAUAUGUUUUCGUACUUUGGGAAUGGGUUUACGUUGCAUCCCGAGGGGUUUGAGGAGGAGGAUAGUACGUGGUAUAUGGGGCAGCCGGGGAGAUUGGUUCCUAAGGAGGCUAUGGAGAAGUUGAGGGGUGUCUAUGGGAGGCCGCAGUGGGCGCCGAAUUUGAAGGAGGAGAAGGAGCAGGGGGAGGGGGAGAAGAAUGCGGCACAGGUGAGGAGUUCGUUGUGA